AUGGGUCGAAUGCAUAAUCCGGGUAAAGGAAUGGCCAAAUCGGCACUGCCGUAUCGCCGAUCUGUUCCGACAUGGCUGAAAAUGAGCGGUGAUGAUGUUGUGGAACAAAUUUGCCGUCUUGCAAAGAAGGGUCUUCGUCCAUCGCAAAUCGGUGUCUUGUUGCGUGAUUCGCACGGGAUCGCUCAGGUCCGUCGAAUAACCGGCAACAAGAUUGUCAGGAUUCUUAAAGCCAAGGGAAUGGCACCUGAGAUUCCCGAGGAUUUAUAUCAUUUGGUGAAAAAGGCGGUGAACAUUCGAAAACAUUUGGAAAGGUGUCGAAAGGAUCGUGAUUCCAAGUAUCGCCUGAUUCUCGUUGAAUCACGAAUUCAUCGUUUGGCUCGUUACUACAAAACAUCGAAAGCUUUGCCGCCUUCAUGGAGAUAUGAGAGUAGCACAGCCUCAACUCUCAUUGCA